AUGGUGUCACCAGGAAACGCGGCUCUUCUACUCGAGUACGAUCAAUAUAUAAAUAUGGAUGAUAUUCCAGUUCAUGAUCCCAAUUUCUCUGGUUUCUCCUGGCCACCAUCUCAACCUCUAGUUCAACAACAACAGCAGCAACACCACCACCACCAAUCCCAACCCUUAAACGCUUUUGCUCCUGUUGUUACCGCUUCUUCUCCUAAUUUCGGUGCGGAAAUCGAUGGAUCGUUCGGGGACUGUGAUUUGCAGAAGGAACCAUGCUCCAAGAAGAGGGGUAGAUCUGAAUCGUGCAGUGCAUCUAGCUCCAAAGCAUGUAGGGAAAAGUUGCGAAGGGAUAGGCUAAAUGACAAGUUUAUGGAAUUGGGCUCUAUCUUGGAGCCUGGGAGAACUCCCAAAUCGGACAAGGCUGCUAUUUUGGUCGAUGCUGUCCGCAUGGUGACUCAGUUACGAGGUGAAGCCCAGAAGUUGAAGGACUCAAAUUCAAGUCUUCAAGAGAAGAUUAAAGAGUUGAAGGUUGAGAAAAAUGAACUUCGUGAUGAGAAGCAGAGGCUGAAGUCUGAGAAGGAGAAGCUGGAGCAGCAGCUGAAAGCGAUGAACUCACAACCCACCUUCAUGCCUCCCCCUCCUGCAAUCCCUGCUGCAUUUGCUACUCAAGGCCAAGCACCUGGCAACAAAUUAAUGCCCUUCAUUGGUUAUCCUGGAGUUGCUAUGUGGCAGUUCAUGCCACCUGCUGCAGUGGAUACAUCGCAAGAUCAUGUGCUCCGCCCACCAGUUGCCUAA